CGGUGCCGGCGCCACGGCUCCCUUCGCCGUGCUGCGGCGGGCGCGGUGUGGCGGGCGGCCGCGCCUCGGUGUGCCGCGGGGCCCGGUGCUGUACCAUGACAGCAGCCUCAGCAGAUAGCUCUGGUAGUGACGAGAAGCGGCACAUGGUGUUGAGUCAAACUUACUGUAGCUCUGGCUUGGACUACUCUGAAGAUACCUUUGAGUCCUUCAGUGAAGAGGAGGAAGGCUGCUGGCAGGAAGAGAGCAAACAAUCUGAAUCAUGUUCCACAGAGGAUUUAGAGGGGUCUGCUGUGUCAAAUACGUUGAAAGGACAAAACCAUGCAGAAAUGGCUGAACUAUCAGAUGGAGAACUGGACGCUCUCCGGGCUUUUUGCACCCUUAAGAUAAGCAAAAUGUGUCAGCAGCUCAUCUCUGCGCAGGUAAAGGAUGGUGAGACAAGGAAGCUGCAGCAUGGAUUCACAGCAAAAAAAACCCAGACAAGUGGCAUCAACUUCAUCGUUCCUGAUCAGCUGAUGAGCAGAAUCCACCUGGAAAAUAUCAGAGAGACAGUAAAACAGGUGACAGAAGCUGAAAUCCACCAAUCUUCAGUGUGCCCAGACUGUCAGAAGAAGGAAGCAGAGCUAGCUGAGAUUGCCUUUCUCAGAAGAAAGAAGGUGCUGAUGGAAAAUGCUUUAAUUAAGGAUAAACUGGAAGAGCAGACUUAUUCCAGAAACCUGAUUACACUUCUAGGAGAAGCACUCAGAAACCUUCCCAAACCUUCAGAGGAUCCCAGGAAUUUAUGGCAAAGGCUGAAAUGUCGGAAGAUCUAUCAGAUUCCUGUGGGGAACAGCAAAGAGAGCAAACCAUUAGCAGCUGGGACUGUCUGGUACUGUUCCAGAAAGGCAGCCUUCGAUGGGAGAUGUCUCUGCUGCUCCACUGCACUCUACCACAGCCUGAUGUGGACUGAGAGCUGCUUGACUGCAGUCACCAUGCACAUGAGAAUGGCAUUAGCACUCAAUCCUCAGGACAGGGGUAUCUGCCACCUGAAGAAGAUGGAGCAGCCUGUCCACAGCAAAUCUGGCAAGUGCUCCAGAUGUUCAGUAUCUUCAUGGGGAUUUGGUUGAAGAUGUGGGUUCAGGCUCACCCUGUGGAGAAAAAUGUUCCUCUGGUGUACUGCAGGCUAGGAAGAUGCUGAAGGGCCUGGAGCAUCUCUGUGAGGAGCAAAGGGUGAGAGCCCUGGGGCUGCUGAGCCUGGAGAAGAGCAGCCUGAGAGGGGAUCUGACCAGUGCUCAGCAAGACAUAAAGGAUGGGGGACAACAGGAUGAGGCCAGGCUCUUGUCAGUAGUGCCCAGGGACAGGACAAAGAGCAAGGGGCACAAACUGGAACCCAGGAGGUUUCAUCUAAACAGCAGGAGAAAAUUCUUUGUUGUGAGGGUGCUGGAGGCCUGGAGCAGGCUGCCCAGAGAGGUUGUGGAGGGCUUCCAAACCCUACUGGACAUUUUGAUCCUGGGCAAGCUGCCGUGGGUGACCCUGCUGUAGCAGGAUGAUCUGCAAUGGUCCCUUCCAAUCCCACCAUGCUGGGAUUCUGUGGUUGUGUGAUCACAAGGUGCUUUUACACCCUGAGGAGCAGGAAGUUCUCAGUUUUAGGCAAAAUACUUUCAGACUUUGGCAGCUCAGCCUGAAGAAGGUGGGACCUGAUGGACAACUAGCAUCUUGGGGAGUCACUGAUACAUUUGUGCUGUAGCUGCAGCAGCCGAGCCACCUGCACCACGUGUGAGUCAUGAAGCAUUUUGGUCUUUUUACUAAUGGUAACAUAAUGAGCAAAGUCCAGCUACUGAAAGUCCAAAGUAUGUUUACUACCACAAAAAAAAAAAACCCAGUGAAUUGUUUCCUGAAAGACUGUUGCUGUUUCUAUGCAAUCUCCAGGCUGCCUUUUCUUAGUUUUGGAGCCAUUUGGGAUUGUUCAAGUGAAAGUUUAGUCAAUAAAGCUUCCAGGAGUCACAAUUUGAGUGUACAGUGAACAGAAUAUGUGUGGUAGGAGGCUCCUGCAGCUCGGUUUGAGUGUUGGCAGUGAGUGAGCACUGGCAUCGUGCAGUUGAAUGAUAAGCUUGGUCUGUUCCAAACUUUGAUACAACUUUCUCUCCUGUAAGAAUAUUGAAUAAACAGCACUCAAGCUGACUGGGUGCAUUUUUCUUUGGAAGUGUGCUUUAAAAAGGGGAGAUGUAUGAGUGGCUUAUUUAAACAGCAAAACCCAGCAGCAGGACCUUGCCACGUUUACAGAUGUUCCCU